GCAGGUCCAGCCAAACCAGGACGAGCGUGAGGUGUGCAUGAACAUCCAUGGACAGGCACCGCGCUCGAUGUUGUACGAGGUUGCUUGUUACUGUCGUGCUCCGCGUGCAACUGUACCCUCGAAACAUACUGUAAAACUACCUACCUACCUACCUACCUGACCUGAGGGGUUCGCCAUCGCACGAGACAGAGGUGGCAUUGCGUGCUCCUGCUGGACGUGCUUAUACUAGCGACAUAGGCCACGAUUGGCUUGUGACAGACUAGUGGAGCCCCAACAUGCCGCAGCGCUUCCCGUUCGCCAGUCAUACCAACGACCAUGCUGCUUUGCCAGAAAUGGGCUCCGAAGAUCUUGUCCAGCCCAAGCGUUUACGACGCUCAUCGUUGUUGAGAAAGCCAUUGAGCUUGUGGAGGAAGCAUCACGCUGACAGCACCGACGAAGCCCUUCCAGAGACUGCUCCCGCCGAGCUGGAGGCUGAUGGAGGUGGCACUCAGUGGGAAGAACCAGAGCAACGGAGACCUAGCUUGCCUGAUGAGGUGCUGCCGAUAUGCAAGAGGGCGAUACCCUCUUUGCCUCGGCCUCAGACGUUCCGUAGGCAGGAAUCUGAGAGGCGAGAAAGACUGCUGGAGGUUGAGCCAACAACAAAAGAGCGCCGGGCACGGAGUGAGGACAUGCGCCGGACUAGUGCUGCCAGUCGUCGUGCACUUUCACCCACGCCGCUUCCAGUCUCACGUUUCUCAGCACUAGACAUUCCAGAGUUCAGGCAGGAAGGGAAUCUAUCACCAGCAUCAGGUGCAGCUGCUGAUCUACACGAUCCUGAUACAGCUCACAAUCCAAGCAACAUCCCCGCCUCCCGAAUCCCGGAGGUCGAUACUGACCACAGACCUGCCGUCGACGACGAUCGGCCGCCUCAAGGUGACAGCAGUGACCAAGCAACCUGGGCAGAAGAGUACGAUCGUCGCUGGAUUCUCAACUUGAGCAUGCAGUUUCGAGAUAAGUCGAACCGCGAGAAAUUCUUUGUCACAUAUGCGGAAACGUCAACGCAGUGGCGACGAUUGACAGUGUCCUUGGAUUAUCGAGAUGCUCCCCCAAAUUCAUUGGAAGCAGACUUGAGUAUCCUCCAUUACCAGCGCGACAAGAGCUUACGAAUUUACGAGGCCAUCCGUGAUUCAUUGCCAGACAUUCAGUAUUAUGACACUGUCACUAAUUUGAAGCUGGAAACAACAGCAGACGAUGGCCAGCUCCACGUUCAUGUGCGGGAAGAUGCCAACGAAAUAGUCAAUUGGCCUAACAUAUCUCUUUUUGACCACAUUCAAUGUCCACGAUUCAACGAGACUUCAUUGGAGUUUGACUCGCAUCUUUCUGGUUUUGUCUACAAGGUCCGCCUGAAUGGGCGCGUCGUGAUCAAGAAGGAGAUCCCUGGACCCGACACAGUGGAUGAGUUUCUGUACGAAGUCAACGCUCUGGACUCGUUGCUGGACAGCAAGCAUGUCGUCCAACUUGAAGGUCUGGUGACUGACGACCGAGGCGAGCUUGUCAAAGGUCUCCUCAUCUCUUACGCCGGGCAGGGAGCACUUGUGGAUAUGAUCUAUGAUCUCCGCGGUACCACGGCUCUACCAUGGCAUAGACGCGAGAAGUGGGCACAUCAGAUCGUCGGUGGGCUGGCGGACAUUCACGAAGCUGGUUUUGUGCAGGGGGACUUCACUCUGUCAAACAUUGUGAUUGACGAAGACGACAAUGCACAGAUCAUCGAUAUCAAUCGAAGGGGCUGUCCUGUGGGAUGGGAGCCCCCCGAGCUCAACAAGCUGAUCGAUAGUGGACAGCGUGUCAGCAUGUCGAUUGGAGUCAAGACUGAUCUCUUCCAGCUAGGUAUGGUGCUAUGGGCGCUUGCGGAAGAGGUAGACGAGCCAGAGAGGGUGCAGCGACCAUUUCCGGCAAUCGUUGACGAGGUUCCGCAUUACUUUCGUGAUAUUGUCGACAUGUGUCUGAGCGAGAGGCCACAAGGCCGGAAAGGUGCCGUGUACCUGCUCCAACGAUUUCCCACAUCUGCAGGACAGCCACCAUCACGGAGUGCAUCCAAGGACUAUGAGCUGAACUCGCCGCUCUCAGACCGAAGCUUGUCCUCAUCAGCACAUCGAUCUGCGAAGAAGUACAUUGACCCGGACAUGGCUGUCACUAUCGACGAUGUCAAGGAGGGCCGAAGGCUCGACACCAACGAUUACUCGUCACUAUUCCACGAUGCGGUGACAUACAUGCAACCUGACUCUAACCCCGCUUCUAUGUACGCCUUUGAGUCAGAAGGAUCGUGUGUGGUAGGACGACGGCGCCGUACGCACAGUCGAGGUCGAUCCCCAGUGUCUAGCAGACGUCGGAGAAGCUCGCCGUACGGCAGGACUGCAUCAAGCGCGACUUCAUACGAGGCAUCACUACCACACAGGAGGCUCUCCCGCUAUGGCGAUGAUUGUAGUGGUAGCGAUGGCGAACAGCAACACGGAUGCAAAGACCCAGACUGGGGGACUUAUGGAGCAGCAGAACCACGAGAGUUUGAACACAUGUCGCCUAUGGCUCGCAGAAUAGCGGAGAUGCAGAUGGGGGAAGCUUCCCGGGCUACAGGUCUACUUCACAUGGACUCUGGCUUUGACGAGGUCAUGGAAGAUCAUGAAUUGGGCAUGUCCGAUGUGACAGAGAGGAAAGAUGAGCCAGCUACACCUCGUCCAAGUUCGAUACAGGAUGCUCCCACUCCAGGGCCAUACUAUACACCUGGUGCAACUCCCACGAGCCUGGCUCAUGGAAAAGACGAUGAGAGAAUAAUCGUCGCCCUCGACAGUGAGAAUUCGCAUGAGAACGAUGGGCGGGACACACGCACGUAAUGAUUGACGAAAGGAACGAUGCGCAAGUGUCGGCAUUACAGGACGGUCACAGGGCGUUUGCAAGGAAGAUAGCAUUGAUACCUAGCGUUGGAAUGACAUUUCGAGUCUGUAUCUUUGUAGCAUAGUGGACAGUGUGAAAUAGGUAUGAGACCAGCAUACAUGUACCUAUAUCGAGUAAGCACCCCGGAUGGGUGCCUGAGGCACAUGAC